AUGGAGUGUUGUAUAGUAAAUGGUCAAGUCACACUGUGCCAGAUGAUUCGAGCCAGGGCCAAUACAACGUGUGUUGAGAUAAUAACUACUGCACUGACAGCCAGUGAGUCUUGGGCCACUGCUCAGUGUUCUGUAGAAAGACCAUACAUCUGUAAAAAACCUGAAGGAACUUGUGCAGCUGGAUGGAAGAUCAACAAGAACAUGUGUUAUCAACUGAAUUCCAACCUGAGAUUGUCCUUUGUGGACGCUGUUGACUACUGUAACUCACAAGGAGGCAGCAUGGUCACAGUUUACAAUCCAGAAGUUCAAAAUUUUUUGAAGUUGAAUAAAAGAGAGUUUAGCCAGAGUUCUUCAUUUUGGAUUGGUGCCAAGACAACUUCUGAUGGGAGCAAUUUGGAGUGGGUGGAUGGGACACCAGUCAGUAAAACCUCACCCAACUGGUCAACCCAGCCCAGUGGUCAGCUCAACAGCUCCUGUGUCCAGAUCUUUGCUGGCAAAAUCUCUGCCAUUGCAUAUCCCAUUACAUUCUGGCUGGGUGGCAAUGAUUUGAAGUCAGAAGGAGGCUGGCGAUGGACAGAUGGCUCGCCUUUUUCCUAUCUCAAUUGGGAUGUAGGAUAUUUCAGUGAGCCAAACAGCAGAUGGUCAGAAGAUUGUAUGCAGAUUACUAGUGAAUUUGGUCCUGGAUUGUGGAAUGAUAUUACCUGUGAUAUAAGGAUUGGAUAUAUCUGUAAGAAAAAAGGUCUUGUUUCCACCACUAAUGCCAGAACUCCUUCCACCACUCCUUUACCAGCUGGCAAAGGAUAUGGCUGUUGGCCUGGCUGGAAGAAAUUUGGCGAUGGCUGCUUUCUCUUGGUAUCUGAAGAAACUACUUGGAUGGAUGCCAGGACACAGUGCCGUUUGAAAGGUGGAGACUUGGCCUCUGUUAUGAAUGAGAGAGACCAGGCCUUCUUGACCACUCAGUCAAAAGCUAACGCAAGCUUGACCAAUCGCAUCUAUUGGCUGGGUCUGAAUGACCUCAAGAGACCAAUGACCUUUGAGUGGACAGAUGGAAGAGAAGUGACCUACACUAAUUGGAACAAAGGGGAACCAAAUAACAAUGUGGGUGUCAAAGAGGAUUGUGUUACUAUGAAUGCAGACUUGAAAGGAGCGUGGAAUGAUGAUUCUUGUGACAGUUUCCACAUGUACAUCUGUCAGACAUCGCUAAAGGUUGUGCCAGUGUCCAGUUCUGUCACCAUGUUACCACUGUAUCCUACUGGAUGUCCCAGUGGCACCACUGCAGCAUUGGGCUCCUCUUGCUACAGUUUUGUUAGUAUGGGGGCCACAUGGGCAGAUGCAGAGAGGUACUGUCAGAGAGGAGGAGGACAUCUGGCAGCUUUGAAAAAUUUCUUAGUUCAAGCAUACUUCCUCACCAAGUUAAAACAACAACCCAGUGACAGUUACUGGAUUGGACUAAGUAACCCAACAGGUAUCUACAGGUGGAGUGAGAACUCCAGUGCAUGGUAUACCAACUGGGACAGCAGUCAUUCAGGAAAUGGAGUCAACAGGUGCGUCACAAUAGACAAGCCCAGUGCCAAGUGGAAGGACAGAGAUUGCGGCACCUCUAGAACUUUCAUCUGUGAAUAUAAGAGGAACUACACCAUUGGUGGUGGAACAACCCCAGCGCCUACUACCACCACAACACCAGUCCCUGUGACUUGCCCAGCUGAUUGGGUUGAAAGAAAUGGAUAUUGUUAUAAGGCUGUUUAUAACAGAAAUGCAAAAGACUUAAAAACUUGGCUAGAGGCGCGUGCAGAUUGUAGAUCAUAUGGCGGAGACCUGCUGAGUAUACACAGUCAGGAUGAGGAGACAUUUGUGAAGUCAUCUCGGACAUUUCCUGGUCCACGGGAUAUGAGGCACCACCGGUUCCACUUUUUCCAUCCAAUCAGUUUCAGGUAUUUUUACAUGUAUGGAAACUUUUGGAUAGGAUUGAACAACAGAGAUACUUCAACAGGUCAUGUGUGGAGCGAUGGCACAGGCGUUGACUAUACAAACUGGGCCACUGGGGAACCCAACAACCACAACGGACAGGAAAACUGUGUAGAGCUGAUCGUGGGGAGGACAGAGAAGUGGAAAGAUUCUAACUGUAACCUGGCACGAAACUACUUCUGCAAGAUGAGGAAAGGCACGCGACCGCCAGUCACUCCCACCACUCCCAUACCAGUGACACCCACUGACUGUGGGGACACUGCCUGGCUGGGCUAUGGAGACAACUGCUUCUACGUUUCACCCAGUAGUGUCAAAAAGAAUUGGUAUGAUGCACGUGAUUGGUGCAGACAAAGUGGCGGAGAUUUGGCCAGCAUCCACGGACGCACAGAAAAUGGGUUUAUUACUUCACAGAUGAGCAAGGUGUAUACACGUAACACUGCUUUGUGGAUUGGAUUGAAUGAGCUAAACCUCAUAAGUUAUACUUGGUCAGAUGGCACCCCAGCAGACUAUGACAACUGGAACAAGAAUGAGCCCAAUGACUGGAAUGGAGGGCAAAGAUGUGUAGACAUAUACACAGGGUCAGGCACGUGGAAUGAUGACAAUUGUGGAGACAAAAAUGGGUUCAUAUGUAAAAGACACAAGGACAGCAGAACACCUGUGACCACCCAGCCCACCCCUGCCCUGCCAGGAAACUGCCCAAGAGGCUACUAUGCCAUAGGCAACAAGUGUUAUGGUUUCUAUGGAGAUUCAGUCCUGCAGUUAAAGAAUUGGACCAUGGCCAGGGAUUAUUGUGCUGCUUUGGGGAAAUCCUUUUCUCUAGCUACUAUUACUAAUGAACUGGAACAAAGCUUCAUAACUAUUAUGCUGAAGGAUAAAACCUACGAGAUGUGGAUCGGUCUUAACGAUAAAACACGAGAGGGCACAUACCACUGGGUGGACAACCAACCCUUCAGCUACACCAACUGGGACAGAGGAGAACCCCACAGUAAUGCUGGAAGCUAUGGAGAUGAGGAUUGUGUUUUGAUGAAGACAAGCACAAGAACUGCAGGGAAAUGGCAGUCCCGUUCCUGCUCUUUUGAUACAGGUUUUGUGUGCCAAACUUGGAAAGGAUUCACAGUGCAACCAAAUCUCUCUAUUGGCACCACGUGGCGCCCCAACACUUCCCCCAGCACCCUCUGUGACGGAAAACCAGGUUACACCAGGUACCUGGAUGCCUGUUAUAAAGUGGACACCUUGACCACCAGAACUUGGGACCAGGUACAUACGGUUCAGUUUUUACCUUGUGUAAACACACAAAAUAUUACUUUCAUUAUAAUUGUUGGUGUGCAGUAUUGUAGAAAUGAUGGUGCGACGGCGGCUGUGGUGACCAACAACUUUGAACAGGCGUACCUGAAUUUACUGGCCAAUGACCUCGGCUCCCCUGUGUGGCUAGGACUUUAUUAUGAUACUACUUAUAAAAUCUUCCAGUGGAAGGACUCCCCCUGGUCACUGGUAUUUGUCAACUGGGCCAGUAAUGUCCAGUUAGAUGACCCAGGCCGGCGCUGUGUGUCCAUGAACAGCACUGGACAGUGGGUGACCACAGACUGUAAUACUAAACUGAUCACUUUGUGCAAGUACACUACAGUGACCCCUAGUCCAACCCCUCCAGAGGAGGCCGGCUACUGCCCGGACGACACGUGGUUCCCCAAGGGGAGAUACUGCUACUACAUCAAGGGGGUGAACUACCAAAACUGGGCUGAAGCAAGUGUGUUAUGCUACAAGAAAGGAGGACAGCUGGCGUCAAUAACCAGCCAGGCAGAGACCAACUUUAUUCUGGAUACAAUUAGCACCAUGAAUCAAGGAAUGUCAGCUAUGAUGUGGAUUGGGUUGAUAAAGAAGGAGAAUUCUGGGUUUGGGUGGUACGAUGGCACUCCGUUUAACUACCAGAACUGGAUGCCAGGACAGCCCUCAAAUAGGACGUACCGCGGGGCAGAGGAGUGUGGCGCCAUGUCCUCCUCCUCAGGCCAAUGGAAUGAUGUCACCUGUGGUACCAAGCGCAACUUAGGAUUCAUAUGCAAACGACUGAAAAUGUCUGCAACAACACCAUUUAUAGUUCCAAGCUCCACUUCUUCACCUUCAACACCAACAGCGCCAUCUACAGUCAGUACUUCAGCAUCAGUAACAGCUAAACCAAGGACUACCAAGUCACCAGCCAGACCCAAUGGGAUCAGCAUUAAACCGCAGACAGACUCGCAGACACAGGAUCAAGGUACAUCAUCCUCCUCACUUCCUCUUAUUAUUGGACUUACCUUGGCAGCAGUAGUGGUGGUAGCAGUAAUAGGUGCUGUUGUUUUCUUUGUCGUCUGUCGCAAUGCUAAACUGAACAUUCCCUUCACUUCAUUUGACAAUGCUGCAUAUGAGAAAGAUAAUGAUCGUGUAAGAAUAAAUGGUGACUUAGCAACCAGUAGUCAUGACAAUGGGAUUCUUACCAGCCUAAAACAGAAUGGUAACCAUGGCAGCAGUUCAGAGGGAACAGAAAACCCUGUUUUUCAAGAGGAGUCCAAAGUCUCGAAUGGUCACCAUGGAAAUGCGAAUCUUUACAGUGGAAGUGCUCCAAAUUCUGAAUGUUGAUACUAAAUAUGAAGGGAAUUUAAACGGUGUGACUUUGUACAGCAGAGGUCCUCUCUUUUGAGCAUUGGAAACCCCGAGACUUAAUUGUGGUAUUUGAUAAUACCAAACUGUUUAUAUUUCAUUGUGUUUGAUAUAAAACCAGAGGCAAUUUGGUGCAGGAUUCUGCCAAGAUAUA